UGGAAGAGAUCAUCCUCCUCUUCCUCCUCCUCCUCCUCCUCCUCUUCCUCCCCGCGGUGCUUGUAGAAGAGUAUCGAGGAAAGAGUCCUGUCUCUCUGAGGUGAUCUGACACACCAAGGAAGACCCGCAAAUGAGGGAGCAAAGCGAGACGUAAAAUAAAAACAGACGCAUAAAGCUGCCUCUGAAAGACAGGCUGGCCUGCGGGGGACGAAGAGGACAGAUAAAUAAACCCGCUCCAGUGCUGACAAGGAGGAUAGACUAUCCCCGAGCACCGCAAAGAUGGGGAACCGGGGAAUGGAGGACCUGAUUCCUCUGGUGAACCGCAUGCAGGAUGCCUUCUCGGCCAUCGGACAGAACGCGAACCUGGACCUGCCGCAGAUCGCCGUGGUGGGCGGCCAGAGCGCGGGGAAGAGCUCGGUUCUGGAGAACUUCGUCGGGAAGGACUUCCUUCCUCGUGGUUCUGGCAUCGUGACCCGUCGACCUUUGGUUCUUCAGCUGAUGAACUGCCCUACAGAAUAUGCAGAGUUCCUCCACUGCAAGGGCAAAAAAUUCACAGAUUUUGAUGAGGUGCGACAGGAGAUUGAGGCGGAGACUGACCGCAUCACGGGAGCCAAUAAGGGCAUCUCUCCCGUGCCCAUCAACCUGCGUGUUUACUCUCCUCAUGUGCUGAACCUGACGCUGGUGGACCUGCCGGGAAUGACCAAGGUGCCGGUCGGAGACCAGCCCGCAGACAUCGAGGCUCAGAUCAGAGACAUGUUAAUGCAGUUUGUGACCAAAGAGAACUGCCUCAUGCUGGCCGUUUCCCCGGCCAACUCUGAUCUGGCCAACUCUGACGCUUUAAAAAUUGCCAAAGAGGUCGACCCUCAGGGUAUGAGGACCAUAGGGGUGAUCACCAAGCUGGACUUGAUGGACGAAGGGACAGACGCUAAAGACAUCCUGGAGAACAAGCUGCUUCCCCUGCGCAGAGGUUACAUCGGUGUGGUUAACAGAAGCCAGAAGGACAUCGAUGGAAAGAAGGAUAUUAAUGCUGCUAUGGCUGCUGAGAGGAAGUUCUUCCUCACCCACCCAGCUUACAGACACCUGGCUGAACGAAUGGGCACGCCCUACCUCCAGAAAGUCCUUAAUCAGCAACUGACCAACCACAUCCGGGACACCCUACCGGGUCUGCGGGCAAAGCUGCAGAGUCAGCUCCUCUCCAUAGAGAAGGAGGUGGAUGAGUACAAGAACUUCAGACCUGAUGAUCCGUCCCGCAAAACAAAGGCUCUCCUCCAAAUGGUGCAGCAGUUUUCAGUGGACUUUGACAAGUGCAUAGAGGGCUCCGGAGACCAGAUCGACACGGCCGAGCUGUCGGGUGGCGCGAGGAUCAAUCGCAUCUUUCACGAGCGCUUCCCCUUCGAACUGGUCAAGAUGGAGUUUGAUGAGAAAGAACUCCGCAAGGAAAUCAGCUACGCAAUCAAGAACAUUCAUGGAAUCAGAACUGGCCUCUUCACCCCGGACAUGGCCUUUGAGACCAUUGUGAAAAGGCAGAUUGGGAAGAUUAAAGAGCCUUGCACCAAAUGUGUGGACAUGGUCAUUUCUGAGCUAGUCAAUACAGUUAGGCAGUGUACCAAGAAGCUGGCCCAGUAUCCCAUGCUGAGAGAAGAGAUGGAGAGAAUCGUCACUCAGCACAUCAGAGACAGAGAAAACCGCACCAAGGAUCAGGUGCUGUUACUGAUUGAUAUCGAAUUGUCCUACAUGAAUACAAACCACGAAGACUUCAUUGGAUUUGCGAACGCUCAGCAGAGGAUCAACCAAAUGAACAAGAAAAAGACGGCUGGAAAUCAGGAUGAAAUCAUGGUGAUCAGGAAGGGCUGGCUGACCAUCAACAACAUCGGCAUCAUGAAGGGAGGAGCCAAAGAGUACUGGUUCGUCCUCACCGCAGAGUCCCUGUCCUGGUACAAAGAUGAUGAGGAGAAGGAGAAGAAGUACAUGCUUCCAGUGGACAACCUGAGGCUGCGGGAUGUGGAGAAGGGCUUCAUGUCCAGCAAGCACAUCUUUGCUCUCUUCAACACUGAGCAGAGAAAUGUGUACAAGGACUACCGUCAGCUGGAGCUGGCCUGUGAGAGCCAGGAAGAUGUUGAUGCCUGGAAGGCCUCCUUCCUCAGAGCUGGAGUUUAUCCUGAACGCGUAACCGAGAAGGAAGGAAAGAGCGAAGGCAGCGAUGAAAACGGCUCAGACAACUUCAUGCACAGCAUGGACCCUCAGCUGGAGCGGCAGGUGGAGACGAUCCGCAACCUGGUCGACUCCUACAUGGCGAUCGUCAACAAGACCGUGCGCGACCUGAUACCGAAGACGGUUAUGCAUCUCAUGAUUAACAGCACAAAAGAGUUCAUUAAUGCUGAGCUGCUGGCCCAGCUCUACUCAUGCGGUGACCAGAACACUCUGAUGGAGGAGUCUCAGGAGCAGGCGCAGCAUCGCGAUGAGAUGCUCAGGAUGUACCACGCCCUGCGGGAGGCGCUCAGCAUCAUCGGCGACAUCAGCACCACCACGGUGAGCACGUCAAUGCCGCCUCCAGUGGACGACUCCUGGCUGCAGGUCCAACGCGGUGGAUCCGGAGGAAGGUCCCCAGCAACCAGUCCGACUCCAAAUCGCAGGGCUCCACCGGGCCCACCAGCUCGCCCUGGCUCCCGUGGGCCCCCACCGGGGCCUCCUCCUGCUGGGGGCCCCCCUGUACCGUCUCGCCCUGGAGCAUCUCCAGAUCCUCACGGCGGGCCGCCUCCCACCGUGCCCUCCCGGCCUAACCGCGCGCCCCCAAGUGUGCCAAGAAUCACUAUCACUGACCGAUGAAGACUAACGUUUCUCGUCGGAGACCCCCACCUUCUCCAACACACUAGACCCCAGAGCUCCUUCCUCCCUCCAUUAUUUCCCGAGAGAGAGUCGCUUCGGACAACGGCGCCACCUUCCUCUCGUCUACCGCCUGGUCUGACCCUCCUGUUCCUGCCCCUGUGCCCCCCAUCCCCACCCACCCACCCACCCCUCUGUUUUCACACAGAGAAGCAAAAUACUUGAAAGCAUGACUUACGUACAACUUUGUUCUUCACAGCUUAAUCGCAGAGACCAUGAAAUGAUCAUAUUAGACAACUGAGUCAAAGUAUUGUAUAUCCACGCAAGUUCAGAGCAAAGUGCUUCCCCUCUUCUUAUAUCAAGAGGGGUAAACAUCUGCAAGUUUAGCAUGAAUCAACGCCUGAGCUUUUCUAAAGCGUCGUCUCAGUCUGAACAUUUGUUUCAUUUACUUUUAUCAGAAUUUCUUCGCUCACCUUUGUUUUGAGGAACAGAAUGAUGUAAACCAGGGACAUGGAAGCAUUACAUUAUUCGAUUUGAAGUUUUUGCACAUAAAUGUCAUAUUAGUAGCGUGGUGCAUGCUUUGAGAUCGUGAAAGAUUUACUCCAUCUUUUUUUUGUAAAGAAAUUAGGAAAAAUUGUUUUUCUUUGCAACAUUUGCUGCUCAGUGGUAGAAGGAUUUCUUUAAGAGAGGAUAUGCAAACUAAAUUCAGUCUGAAAAUAUGUUAAUUUGUAAUUACCCUCCAAAAAGGAAAAACAACAAAUUUUUAUCAUCUCUGUUUUAACAUACUUUCUUCUCUGGUUGAUGGAGUUUCUUUUUUGAUCUCUCGUCCUGCCAAAUUAGUUCUUGUUUGAUUUUUCUAUGUUCCUUGAACAGUUUGGUCAAACAAGGGUGGGCCAUUUCAUACAGAUGCCCCAAAUACCAUUUUCCUUUCUCUCUCUUUUUUAAGCUAAUGCAUGCUUUCCCACUGUCCAAAACUAUUAAACAGCAGCACCACCCAGGUGAGGAAGACGUGGUUGACAUUUGAAUGCUUCAAUUUGAAAAACCUGAAUGGACAAAAGUCUCCUUCGUUUUUCCCUUUCAUUCUCUCCAUCGUUCUCCUCUGCUGUAAAGCAGAAGUCAGAAUCACGUCGUGGACCCUCUGAUUUUGCCAGUCGCACACUUCAGAAAGUUUCACUGUUUAUGUUCUUACAAAGCUGUGUCACAUCCUCUUCUUAAACUCCUGCUCUCAGACGACCUAUGCAAAAGACAAAAGUGGUUUCUCAGUCUUUUUAUGGCAAAAAAAUGCAUCUAAUGUAGUUUAUUUCCCCUUUUUGUUCCUCUGCUUAUCAAGGCAUUAUUACUACUGCUAAAUUUUCUAGAUGACCUUUCCCAACUUUCUUUUAACACUCUUGCCAAUUUGCAAAGUAUAGGCGCAUGGUAAGAGAUUUAAUCAACCUGAAGUGGGCCACGUUCCAGUUCGUCAAAACCAUUCUUCCUUUCCACUGGUGAAUCAUGUACUUUUUAUUCAUUUAUUCCACUAAAGCAAACUGGAGGUUAUUGCAGCAACAUGUGAGAAAGUUUCAAGAGGUCUGAAUGCUUUUGCAGCAGCACCGCUCCUAAAACUGAACAAAACGAGACCAGAGAAGGAGACUUUGUGACCUGAGUUGUUUCUUUAACUCUUUAUGUCGAGUAUAAAUCAAGAUGAUGGUCUAGUAACUGAGGUUAGUCAGGUUUGAGCACACGAUGCCUCCAAUGUUAAAUUAAGCAGGAAAAAAAGAAAAAGAAAUGUAAUAUAUUCAAGUUGCUGAUCUGCCGUUUCUUCUUUCUCUUUUUUCUCCUGCUCUGUUUUCUCUCAGUGGUCACGGGGGUGAGUGAGAACAUGCAUUAAGUACCACUGCUUGUGUUGCUUGUGUACCACAUUACUGAGCAGAAACCACCUUUUAAUCCCUUCCUUUUUCUGCCACUGAGCUCUGCUGUCAGUGUCAUGCGUUGUAUUUUGACCCCAAACACAAACAACCCACUAGCCUUACCUUCCACACAUCUUUACCCUGUGAUCAUAACUAGAAAAAAAAAUCACCUAUUUGUUCAUCUCUGAUCUAAACAUCUGCAAAGCAAACGUGAAGUCAUAUCUCAUUUAAUUUAUUAAUGUGUUAUGUAUUCGUGUGGUGCAUUUUACUAGACAUGUACUCUCUCCUGUUUAAAUAAUUUAGUCUACAUUGUAUGCAACAUCAGAAUAUUUAAACCAUGAGUAAAUGAGCAUAACAGAAUACUUGAAAAAUAAUAAAUCAUAAAAAAUAAAAAAUAAAAAAUAAAAACUGUGCUGUAAAAGGAUGCUGACAGGUUGAUACUUUUGUUUCCGUCAGGGAGGAUGUGUUUGUGUUUUCUCUCUGAAUUUAUAAAACGUUAAACAGACGGACGCUGUGUGUAAACUGGCUGAUGUGAAAGAAACUGUAAGGUUAUCCUGGAGGACUGCUGUACUCUCAACUACAUAUUAAAAGACCUCUGUGUA